CGGCGCAUGCGCAUGCGCAACCACGGCGCCAUGGCUUGCAGCUGCGUUCGGACGUUGCUGUGGAGCCGCAGCCGCAGCUCAGCCCCUUGGAUGCUCGGGCCCAGGCCCAGGCUUUACAGCUCAGCCCCUUGGAUGCUCAGGCCCGGGCCCAGGCUUUACAGCUCAGCCCCUUGGAUGCUCAGGCCCGGGCCCAGGCUUUACAGCUCAGCCCCUUGGAUGCUCAGGCCCGGGCCCAGGCUUUACAGCUCAGCCCCUUGGAUGCUCGGGCCCAGGCUUUACACCGACAAAGCGACACAGAGAGAUGUUUCCUCCCAGCCGACCGGGGGCAUUAUCUACACCGAGGAGCAUUGCAAUUUAAGAGAGUCGCUCCGUAAGAUAAUUGAGAAGAAAAUCAAUCCCUUUGUUGACAAAUGGGAAGAAGCAGGAAUAUUCCCAGCCCAUCGUAUUUUCAAAAUUCUUGGAGAUGCUGGAUUCCUCGGUGUUAACAGACCAAAAGAAUAUGGGGGCCUUGGUUUGGAUUUCAGCUACAAUAUUGCAGUGGCAGAAGAGCUGGGAAACAUCCGGUGUGGCGGAAUUCCCAUGGCUAUUGGCGUCCAGACUGAUAUGGCAACACCAGCUUUAGCCAGAUUUGGCUCAGAAGAAUUGAAACGACAAUUUCUUCAACCUACCAUUGCUGGAGACAUGGUAGCCUGUUUGGGCGUCAGUGAAGUUGGAGCUGGAUCUGACGUUGCAAAUAUCAAGACAAAAGCUGUCAAGGAUGGGGAUGACUAUAUAAUAAAUGGAGGAAAAAUGUGGAUAACUAAUGGUUGUCAAGCUGACUGGAUGUGUCUUCUAGCAAACACCGGUAAUGGGCCUCUUCACAAAAGCAAAUCUCUCAUAUGUCUGCCCAUGAAAUUACCAGGAAUUAAUGUGACUAGGAAGAUCGAUAAGUUGGGCAUGAGAUCAUCUGAUACAGCAGAGGUGUUUUUUGAAGACGUCAGGGUUCCAACAAAAUAUCUCAUUGGAGAUGAAGGAAAGGGCUUCACCUACCAGAUGUUGCAAUUCCAAGAAGAACGAAUGUGGGGAGUUGCAGGAACUUUGGCUCCAAUGCAGAACAUCGUACAGGAAACAAUUGAAUAUACACGACAACGUAAAAUUUUUGACCAACCUGUGUUGCAUAACCAGACAGUGCACUAUCGCCUUGCUGAACUUGAGACCGAAAUUGAACUUCUUCGUUCCCUUCUUUAUCGUUCUGUUGCUCAAUAUAUUCAAGGAGACGAUGUAACCAAAUUAGCCUCAAUGGCAAAGUUGAAAGCAGGCCGCCUAGUUCGUGAGGUUGCUGAUAGUUGUCUCCAGUUCUGGGGAGGAAUGGGUUUUACUAAUGAAGUGUUGGUCAGCAGACUGUAUAGGGAUAUGAGAUUGAUGUCAAUUGGAGGAGGUGCAGAUGAAGUUAUGUUGUCUAUCAUAUGCAAAUAUAUGGGAACCUUUCCUGAAAAGAAAUAAUCAGUGAAAACAAUAGCUAAAUUAACACUGGGACAUGAAAACAAAAUUUGAUUGCAUUAAUUAUUUUUCGUAUUCUGUGACAUUUUAUGAUUUCAUGAAAUAUUUACGAAACAAAUAUACAGUAAUGUUUGUAAAUUCUGUACUGUAUGAUACACAGUCUUUUCUAUAAUGAUGUUGCCUUCGUCAUGAAAGAUCAUUUUCACUUGUAUUAAAUUUUGCAAGACAAAAAGGAAUAAUAAUAAUUUUUAUCUGGCUUAACUUCAAACUUGAAGAGGAAGAAGCAUAACUUCCUUUUCAAAGUACUUAUACCUGACUCUCAAUAUGAAGUAGUAUGUUAUACCAAAAGUGAGAGAUUGUAAUGAGUUAUGAAUCAUUAGGACUAUUUCAACUCGCAUAAUAAAGCCUAAAGUAAUUUCAUGGAUUUUUUAUGUAGGCUUUAGACAGAAUGGAAUAAUGUAAAUUAUAAAAAGAGUAAUUUGUAGAAGUCUUCAGUUUAAAUUUCUGACUGGUUAAAUUGAGAGAGAGAGAGAAGCCACAGUCCAGAUAAAUACAUAAUUAUUGAAUCUGAACAAAUUUGAGCUAUUUGAAUAUACUUUAAAUUCUUCCAGCUAAGAGCUGGCACAGACAAAAGUGCCUUAAAGUUCACAUUUUACCUUGUUUGAAAAAAAA